CGUCUCCCCAUCACAGUACCCUGAAAUGACAUUAGAUUAUAACCAGAACAUCGUCCUUUCAAAGGGACGCAUGGAAAACAACGUUAAGCUUGUCCAUGGCCCUGCCACAUGGAACGUCAAUGAAGUGGUAUCCUACGCCAAUAACAAUGGUCACCGCGAUAUGAACAUCCACUGGACAGUCGCUUGCACACACUAUGAGAUCGAUACCUCUGGUUCCUUUGCACUGGAGUUCUCUCCAAAUCACCUGAAGGGUGACUAUCACUUCCAACUGUCUCCGGGAGAGAACAGGUCAUCCUAGUGGAAUUCAGUCAUCAGUAUGACGUCGAAACACUCGGACGUAUCAACGUGCAGGCUGAGGACCUGAAGUCUUCCCUUGAAUUUGUUUUCAAUAAGAUCGCAGCUGGCCACUACAAAGCUCAGGUGUCUGGUGGCUUUAAUGAGAAAGAAAUGGCUUUGGAAGGAAACUUUAAGGAUAAUUCCAUGGCCGGUAAAGUCAACACCAUUGUCGAUGGAUUCUUCAAGACGUCCGACUUCGACUGGAAAUCCAACCUGGGUAUCUAUGCAGACAAGGACAAGGCCAAUGUUAACUUCAAGAUUAAUGCCGACGGCAACGAAUACAUGGCCAAGUUUGAGGGCACCCGCACUUCCCUUCUCGUUGAAUCGAACUUCGUCAAACACAUUCUUGUUGAUGCCCACGUAACCAGUACACAGGACAUGAGGAAACUACAUGUUGCUGCUGAGUGGGACAAGGAUGUGGAUCCCACAAAAGCUUUCGUCAUUGAUGGACAGUUUGCUAAUGGCGAAAUUGGAGCGGAAUUCAAAUAUGGUGACAGGGAAGUGUCCAUCCUUGGCAAGCUAAUUGACAGUGGUGUGGAGGUGGAAACCAAAUGGGCUUCUGACAAGAGAAUCUUCGUCAAUGUUCACUACACACUUGGCAAUACCAAUUCGCUGGCAGCUACAGUGCAGACGCCAUUCCAAGGUUGGGAAAAACAGGAUGCCACCUUUACCUUCUCCAUCAAGGAUUAUGAAGUUGAGAGCCGAUUUUCUGCUACAUGGAAGAACACACAGCAAAUGGCACUUAUUGUCACUGGUAAGGUAGAACCUGGACUCUUUACCAAUGCUCUUUCCACCAAAGUUGCAUUCACAAGCACCUUUGAUAACUAUGAGCGUAUCGAAUUCUCUCUGGAUCAUAACAUGGUUGAUUCUACCAUCAAGACUCAUUUGGAGGGCGCCUGGAACCAAGAGAAAAUGGAAGGCAACUUCCAACUCACUCCUAACACCAAUGGUGUAGAUGCUCGAGCUACCUUCACUUCCCCUGUCACAGAGAACAUCCUUGUGACAUUGCAUCAUGAGUUACUCAACAAGCAGUUGUCUACCAUAAUUUGGGACAAGGAUGUGGAUCCUGCAAAAGCUUUCGUCAUUGAUGGACAGUUUGCUAAUGGCGAAAUUGGAGCGGCAUUCAAAUAUGGUGACAGGGAAGUGUCCAUCCUUGGCAAGCUAAUUGACAGUGGUGUGGAGGUGGAAACCAAAUGGGCUUCUGACAAGAGAAUUUUGUCAAUGUUCACUACACUUGGCAAUACCAAUUCGCUGGCAGCUACAGUGCAGACGCCAUUCCAAGGUUGGGAAAAACAGGAUGCCACCUUUACCUUCUCCAUCAAGGAUUAUGAAGUUGAGAGCCGAUUUUCUGCUACAUGGAAGAACACACAGCAAAUGGCACUUAUUGUCACUGUUGCAUUCACAAGCACCUUUGAUAACUAUGAGCGUAUCGAAUUCUCUCUGGAUCAUAACAUGGUUGAUUCUACCAUCAAGACUCAUUUGGAGGGCGCCUGGAACCAAGAGAAAAUGGAAGGCAACUUCCAACUCACUCCUAACACCAAUGGUGUAGAUGCUCGAGCUACCUUCACUUCCCCUGUCACAGAGAACAUCCUUGUGACAUUGCAUCAUGAGUUACUCAACAAGCAGUUGUCUACCACAUUUGAAGUGAAAUAUGGACAAGAGAUCUCUACUGCUACUGCCACAGGUCACGUGGAUUAG